CCCAAUGGCGGCGCGCGCUCGGUCCUGCCGGUGGCUGGUGCCCCAGGAGCCGGGAGAGGUGGCAGCGGGCACCAUGGCCGAGAGGCUACAGUCCCCAGGCGGCGCCGUGUGCCCAGCCUCCUACCCCGACGCCCCCGCGGAGUUCCCCCCGCACCUCCAGGCCGGCGCGAUGCGGCGCCGCUUCUGGGGCGUGUUCAACUGCCUGUGCGCCGGCGCGUUUGGGGCGCUGGCCGCCGCCUCCGCCAAGCUGGCCUUCGGCAGCGAGGUGAACAUGGUCUUCUGCAUCUUAGGCAUUAUUGUGAUGGCCACUACCAAUUCUCUCAUGUGGACGUUCUUUAGCCGGGGCCUCAGUUUCUCCAUGUCUUCGGCCAUUGCAUCUGUCACGGUGACUUUUUCAAACAUCCUCAGCUCGGUGUAUGUAUCCUGUGACCCAGCAGUUGACUUUGGAAGAUUUAUGUCGCAGAUGUUGUCACCUGCAAGUGCCAAGACGUGUGCGAGGAAGUGGCAUAUGAGGUCUGGAAUAACUUCAAGGCCCACCCAGAGGCAGUGGUGGCCGCUGAAGAGAAUGACAUCUACUUGGAUGGUUAAGAAAUCAACUCCAAGAAGUGAGGCACCGGGGCGUUCCACAGGCAGGAGGCUGCCCAGCACACCUGGAAGAGGGAUUUGCUUUGUUUUGCAGGAACUAGAAUCGUCCAUUGGGAUUUCUGAAAGCAAUAAUAAUAAAAGAGGAACUCAAGUGGCUUUGCCCUUUCUCUGGUUUCCAUAAAGUGGAAGAAUGUCCAGCCGGGACGCAUCAGGGUUUGGGAGAGAUGCGGGCCACUCCCAGUUAAUUUCCAAAAUAGAAGAUGCCCAAAUGGGUAUAAACAUUUUAAUGAUCACCAUUUCAUGGAGGAGGAAACUGAGGCACAGAACGUGAGCAUCUGUCCCAGGUCACACGGUGAGUGUGUGCACAGGCCCUGCUGGGCGCCCUGCCCGUCCGGACAGGCCACGCCCUCCAUGUGCUCUGCGAUGCUCUGGAGAGCCACACUGGGCAGGGGUGCCAGGCUGGGCUGGCAACCCCUUGUGCCACUGGGGUGGACGCUGAUGCCCACCCCUCACGCGUGCGUCAGAUGGAUGUGCUCGCCAGGAAUUGGUCCGGGAGCUACCAGAGGCGCCUGGCUGGUACCUGUGGGCGGGCGGUGCCCUAGGCUUUACCCGGUGUUCUCCGGGACCCUGAGCACAGGUUGGCAGGAUACCAGGAGGGAGAGGGGAGAGGCCCCAGGAGUGGGGCUCCCAGCACCCCCAGUCGCUGCUCAGCCCGCCUGGCAUUUCUGUGCUGAGAGCGUGGGGUCCCCACCCCAGCACGCACCGAAUCCACCUAUGAUCCAGCCCACGAUGUGAGAAGAACCUCAGAGUGGACACCCACCGGAGCGAGAUGAGAGAAACUGGAGACCCUGUCGGGUAGGGGCCCGCCCCCUCCCUCCCUUUCCUCCCUCUCCCAGGAAUUUUCCAGCACAAACCCAGUCUCCAGACCCUCCCCGCCCCCAAGACUCGUGGAGGCCCCAAACGCUCUCAGAGACUGAUCCAAGUUGUACACAGGUGUCCACUGCUCCGGAAAUGCAGUGUUUUUCACAAGCAGAUCAGCUGGAGGUGCGCGUACAGGCAGCGUCCUGGACCGGCGCCCUUGCCCCCAGCGGUGGAGGCUGGGAAUCUGCAUUGAGUGAAGGGACAUGCUCCCCUUUGCAGGAAGGCCUGACGUGGGAACGGCCCCGGGUGGGGGCCCCAGGCCGGCUUGUGAAUUUGCCGGAUCUGCUGCUUCGGUUCCAUCUUCUACGCUCCAGCCCCUCUCGGCCAAGCAAGUACCAUUUACUCCAGUACCCCUGGGUCCUCCCCAUCCACCGCUCCCCGGGACUAACGCUGCCUUUGGGACCCUGGGGGCCUCCACCUCAGGGCGCAGAAAGAUCAGGUCAGUCAAGGGGAUUCCAACUUUGAGUAGCCUGGGAGAAGAGCAUUUCGAACAAGGUGCCCCUUGGGGGCCCCUGGGUGGCUCAGUCGGUUAAGCGGCUGACUCUUGAUUUUGGCUCAGGUCUUGAUCUCAAGGCUCGCGAGUUUG